GUGUGGGAUGAUACACUAGAAACAUCUGCGAAGGAAAAUCUCCAAAAGCUUGAACAAAUGAACUGGGACUUUCAGGCAGUAGAAUAUGACAGGACAAAAUUACAUCUUGAGUUUGUGUACGGCAAGCCGUGCUCUGACUGUUAUGAUACGAGGCCUUUCUGCAGGAAUGAUCUCUGCUCGAAGUGCACCAUAGGAGAGAAUAACUGUUCGUGCCGAGUAACCUGUGCAAAAAAUAAAUACGGAGAAGGCGUCUUGGACGGUGAUGCAUGCAGGUGUAACUGCACGUAUGGUACUGGCGCGAACUGUGACCGAGAAUGUAAAGACAUCAAAGACUGGAAGAGCAACCCGAAAGUCUGCCGACAAGCUAUAAAACCGUGUAUGGAAAUUAGCCUCUUGAUUCAACAUUACAAAACUUUGUGUCCACUGAAGUGUGGUUUCUGCAAGCCCACACCAAAAAAAGAAAAGAGAAGAAAGGGAAUAGUCCUGAUUUAGCUACAUUUUAGCAGCAUAACUGCAACAUAGUCAACCCUACCUAUAGAGUUGAUCAUUCGUUAUUUCUAAAUACCAAACAUUUUUUAUUUUAAUUAAUUUUUUUUUAAAGCUAAAAUAUAAUUUCUGAUAAUUUUUAACUACAGACAAGAUAUCAUCAGCUAUUGUGAAAUAACCAAUUCUUUUAAAAUGUAAGGAAUUAAAAUUUUUGAAGCGAAGUAGAUUUUGUGUAGCGUUCGCUUGAACUACUGCUUAGGUGAAGGCUAUGCGCUUUUACAAUAGGUGUUAAUAUAUUUAUAGAAAAAUCGUUUUUUUAUGUUUAUAGCAAUUGACUCUUUUCAACCAAUUUAUUAAAAUUUAUUUAAAAACUUAUACUUCAUUUUAUCUAUGUAGAUUUUUAUUCGCGUUAUGCCUGUGCUUAUAUUAAAAUAUAUUAAGAUUAACUAACACUUACAAGUUUAAUGUAUUUUAUAAUUUGUUUGAAACUAGAGAAAAGAAAACCUACAAUAUUUGUAGAAUUUUAAAAUAACUAGAAAAAACGACUCUGUUUAAAACAUAAAUGUAUAAAGCACUUUUUAUUUAUCGACGAUAAUAUAUAAGAGACCUAUUCAAAUGUUAAAACACACAUUUUAUAAUGCAGUACAAGAACUAUAAAUGCUUUAAAUAAGGCAUUUGAAAUUGUUGUCCAAUAAAAAUGACGAUUUGAAAAUAGUAAUGCACUAUAAAGUUUUCUUUUUUUUCUAUAGCUUUAAUGAUAAAUCAGUUUUUUUCUAAAAGUUUCUUUUAGUAUUAUCCAUUUUCAAUACAAAAUGCGUGACGAAGAUUUCUUUAGUCGAAGAAGAAAUA